GCGGCGGCGCGGGCGCGGCCUUUGGGGCUACGGAUCAAGUCUACUCUUGGUUUCCGCUCGGCUUCUUUUCUCAGUCACAUCCGGAAAACCGGAAAGUGCCGGCAGGACCAGACCGACGGACAGACCCACCCACUGCGCCCCACCAGUGUAUGGCCACGAGGGCGCCAAUUCCUCCGUGGGCCCCGCCCAUUAAAGCGGCUACUGCCUCCGCCCGUCUGGACCUAUCUCACCAAAGUGAAAAAUUCCCGACUCACUGAUGUGAGACUUGCAGGAUUGGCUGGAAGCCACAGCCCAGCCUCCCGAUGCAGUCUGAGUCCAGCCGGUGUGAAGAGGAGACCCCUUCCCUCCUGUGGGGUUUGGACCCUGUGUUUCUAGCCUUUGCAAAACUCUACAUCGGGGAUAUCUUGGACUUGAAGGAGUCGUGCCAGGUGCCAGGUGUAUUUUUUUACAAUGGGCAUCCAAUAAGACAAGUAGAUAUCUUGGGAACUGUAAUUGGAGUGAGAGAAAGAAAUACUUUCUACAGUUACGGAGUGGAUGAUAGCACUGGAGUUAUAAACUGCAUCUGCUGGAAAAACUUGACUGAUACCGAGUCUUCCUCAGCUACAGCUGCUCCAAGUGCAAGAGAACUGAGCUUAACCUCCCAGCUUAAGAAGCUGCAAGAGACCAUUGAGCAGAGAACAAAGAUAGAAAUUGGGGACAUUAUCCGGGUCAGAGGUUAUAUCCGCACGUACAGAGAAGAGCGAGAAAUUCAUGCCACUGUUCAUUAUAAAGUAGACGAUCCAGUAUGCAACAUUCAAAUUGCAAGGAUGCUUGAGCUGCCCAGUAUCUACAGGAAAGUUUAUGACCAGCCUUUCCAUAGCCCAGUCCUAGAAAAAGAAGCACUAAGCAAAAAUCCAGGUGUCCUGGACCUUACCAAUCUCACAUGUUUGCUGAGUGAAAAAGCCAAAGAAUUCCUCAUGAAGAACAGAGUGCAGACCUUUUACCAGCAGGAGUUGGAAAUGGUGGAGUCUCUGCUGUCCCUUGCCAAUCAGCCUGUGAUUCAUAGUGCCUGCUCCAAACAAGCAGAUUUUAAGAAUGACACCACAUCCAAGGCAAUUCAUAGUAUAUUUAAGAACGCUAUAAAGCUCCUGCAGGAAAAAGGAUUCAUUUACCAGAAAGAUUGUGGUUUUGAUAACCUCUUCUAUGUAACCAAAGAAGACAAAGAACUGCACAGAAAGAUCCACCGUAUCAUUCAAGAAGACUGCCAGAAACCAAACCACAUGGAGAAGGGCUGCCACUUCCGGCACAUCUUGGCCUGUGCUCGCCUGAGCCUGAACCCGGGCCUGAGUGAGCCUGUGCUGCAGCAGGUACUGGAGCUCCUGGAGGACCAGAGCGACAUCGUCAGCACCAUGGAGCACUACUACAUAGCCUUCUGAGGACAGGCCGCAGACAGCCUGCGCGGAGCCGGGCCGAGGAGAAAGACCAAGUGACGUGCACUCCCAGGCUCUGAUUUUAAACAUCAUACAGAGGCUUAUGGGUCAGGAGGCAAUUAUCUUAAAAUCAGCUAUGAAAUAAGGUCAUUGGAGGAAUGGAAUUUGGCAUAAAUUCUGUAGGCUGCCUUUUACCUGCUGUAUUCUUGGGAUAAAAUGACUUUUAUCUCGGCCACGACGCACAAGAAAGCCCUCUCUGUUGACCUGCUGGCUGGACUGGGCAUCCUUCGUGAAGCAGAGAGGGAGGAGGCGGUGUUGGUGGCUGAGUCGGUGUGUGUGGAGGGGCUCUAUCAUGGUAAAGGGACGUCGCGUGGUAAAGCCCAGGGACUGCGGGAACUGAACAGCAUGCAGCCAGAUCACACAGAUCUAAAGCUUUUUAAAAGUUCAGACUAUCAGAAACAUUCUUGUGGUCUGCUUUAAUGGUUAAGAACCAGUGCCAGGAAGUGGCUCUCCCUGGAUGUGUGUCGCUGAGCUAUGAUUUCCAAGGGUUAAGCACCAGCGUUGGGUCAUGAGUCCCGGUUGAAUGCUUUUACAGACACUCAGAGAUGGCAGUUAAUGGGUCCAAGGCAUGGCUCGGUGUCCCUUUUCCUUCUGAGUUGAAAGGUGUUUCAGAGCAUUUGCCUGCAUUGAGGACAUACGGGACUAAAUACAUUGUCCCUUAAAGCCCUGAACUUCCAGGAGGCUUUCACACAAUUAUCUGGCUGCGGUUGAUGUUAUUUUUAAGAUUAUCAUUGAAGUGCAGAAUGUUCUGACACCAUCCAGACAAAGACUCAGUAUGUGCCCAGACAGGUGAUGGAGUUACACUUCUGCUCAGGAUGACAAGGUAAAGGAGAAAAAUCUGCGGCAUGUAGUAGGCUUGUUCUAACAGCACGAUGACAAAGCCAGCCAGCAAAAAUAAAGUGUGGAGAAAGUUA